GUACCCAUUCACCAUUCCGCUGCAAGCCUGCAAUAAAUAUUAUCUCGAUAUGUAGUUGUCAAAGCUUAGAGCCACUUAUAAUGCAUUACUUGGUAGAGAUUGGAUCCAUGCUAACUAGUGUGUUCCUUCAACUUUGCACCAGAACUAGUGAGCAAGCUCGUAAUGCUCCACAUCUUAGGUACAACUUGUCCUUCUGGAAUCAUCUAAAGUUUGGCAUUCCCUCCACUCUUAUAGUCACUGCUAUUGGUUUGACACUCAUAAGGUGAUAACACUGUUUAAAUUACACGGUCGCCCCUCCUGAUGCAUGUAUGUAUGUUCAUUUGGCUACAAAAUUAUUGGUGUCUAUACUAUACGUCCCCCUUCCUUAUUGAGAGAAGGGAAAACGAGCUGAAAAUAGGCCUAUAAGUGUUAUGUUUCAUCUUUUGUACCUUCCAUAUAGUUCUUUUUAUGAAUUGUGUGAAAAUUAUGCAUAUGGGUUUUAGUAUAAGAUUUGCAUCGUCUAACUUCAAAAGUUGGUAAUAAGUAGAGUAGCUCACU